AUGCCGCCAAAGGAGGGCUCGCUGUCGUCCAUCGUCGCCUCGCUCGUGCGCGCACAGGUCGGCGCCUCGUCGUCAUCAUCCGCCGCCGCCGUCCCCGACGACCAGCUCGACCGCCACGUCGCCGACCUGCUCCUUCAGGAGGCCAAGCGCAAGGACUCGCAGUGGAACCAGCAGGGCACGCGAGCCUAUUACGACCCGGAAAAGGAGCGCAACGCCCCGCUCCGCAAGCCCAACACGCGCUUCCUCACCUCGGUCAUUCGCAACGUCGACGACCACAACGCCGCCCUGCGCCGCGCCGACCAGCUCGCAGCCCGCAAGCGCGACCAGGACGAGCGCGACGCCGCAGAGCGCUGGAGGCGCGACCAGCGCAUCGGCUCGAGUCGCGCGACCGACGGCGAUGUGUGGCGGGAGCGAGCGGGCGAGGACGAGGAUCGGCGAGGGCGGGACGAGGCCGACGACGAGCGGCGCCACGAGCGUACCAGAAAGGCCGACCUCGAGCCCGCCGAUGCGCGCGAGCGGUCUCCGCGCAGGAGCCGACGUCGGUAUCUCGACGGCGGUGACCGCGAAGACGCCGAGCACGAGAUGCGCAGGGCGGCUCGCCGUCACCGCGACGACGACGAGCGGCGCUCGCACCGCAGCUCGAGGGGCGACUCGCGCAGGUCGCGCUCGCCUCGCGUUCGUCGCUCGCGUGACGACGACGACGAUCGCGAGCACGAUGGGCGUCGCCGCACCCGUCGCGAACGGUCGCCCGCCGACGAUGUCGACCGCGAGCGGCACGGGCGGGAUCGAGACCCCCACCGCUCGAGCCGCGACGAGCGCAGCCACCGCUCGAGUGCGAGCGGUAAGGAGAAGCGCGACGGGUCGGCGGCCGGCUCGGCGGCGCCCGAGGGGCGCGACCGGGACAAGGGCAAGGAGCGAGCGGUCGACGACGUGUUUGCCGAGCUCGAGGACGAGGUGUCGCGCGAGGGGUCCUCUCACGCCUCGAAACGCCGGCGCCGCUCGCCAUCUGCCCCUCUCCCGGCCUCGCCUCCUCCUUCUCCACCCUCGGCUCCCGUCCCGUCCAAGAUGGACAAGUACUUCUCGCCCACGUACGACCCGGCCCUCGAUUUCACGCUCGCCGACGUGACCGACUCGUCGACGGGCCUGAUCGCGCCCGGCGGGUUCGACGGCUGGGACCGCAUGGUCGACGUCGUGCGCGCGCGCAAGGAGGACAAGCGCGAGAGCGAGGCGAGGGACAAGGCGCUCAGGAGGGCCGAGAGGGAGAGGGUCAGGAGGGAGCGCGAGGAGAGGAGGAGCCGGGGCGGCGGGAAGAGGGCGAGGAGCGGUGCGAGCGACGCUGAGGAUCAGGAGGAGGAGGUCGGGGCGAGGUACGAUCCCAAAAGCGGGCUCAUGGAGAUGCGGUACUCGCGAGGCGCUCGCGAGUGGGACAAGGGCAAGGAGACGCCGACGUAGUCUGCAACGCCGACCUUCCCUUCUCUCGCCUC